AUGUCCAAGAAACCUCCGGCAAAACCGGUCAAUGAUUUAAUAAGAUUUUGGGCCGCACAACAAGAAGAAAAGGCAGCAAAAACAGAACCAAUUUCACGAUCACCUCGACGUCCAUUGUCCCCAACUGCAACUACAUCCACACCUUCAUCUCCAAAAGGUUCAGAACCAUUAUCACCAAGAUCAUGGAUCAACAACAGCCCAUUUGGCUCGAAUGUGGCAAAUGCACCGCCUCCGUUAUCUCCCACUCAACCAUUGCCGCCACCUAUGCCUAUUGUAAUUGAAAAAAGUUCAAUGGUUAAUAAAUCAUUAAUAUCGGAACGAUUAAAUGAUAUUUUCGGAAGUAAUAUAGACAGUAAUGAAGGAAAGAAUGCGAAUAUCAAAAGUGAUACGUCAAAAAUUGACACAGCAAAAGACAAUAAUAGUUCGACCGCUGAUCUAAAAACGACUCAAUCACGAAAAGACACAGUCACACCCGUCGAAAAACCUUUUUCAUCAAAAAAUUCAAGUUUUGGUGAUCUUGGAUCACCUACCAGGACAGCUCCCCCAAAAGAUAUUUCAUUUCUCACUAAAUCGCGCGAAGCUAAGACACAGGUCCAGCGCGAAGCAAUUCCACAGGCAAAAAAAGUAUCAAAUUUGGUGUCACAGUUUGAAAAGGCAGUAACACCACCCACUUCACCUACCGCUUUGUCACCUGUAAAAAGAUUUAAUACUAUUCCUGAUCCAUUGAAUUCAUCAUCCAAACCAAUAGCUCAACCCGUUCUGCCACCUGUUAAACAAGUCUUUAUCGAAAUAGCUCCCACGUCUACUAAUAGUGUUAGUGGUACAAAUAGUAAUAGCGGAUCUAGUGGUAAUAACGGAUACAACUCUAACAACGGAUCUAGUUUCAAUACUGGAUCUAGUGUUAAUGCUAAUAACGGUUCUAGUGUUAAUAAUAGUGUUAAUAAUGGUUCUAGUGCUAAUAAUAGUUCUAGCGUUAAUAAUAGUUCUAGUGUUAAUAAUAGUUCUAGUGUUAACAAUAAUAGUUCUAGUGUUAAUAGCGCAAAUAGCGGAUCCAAAGCCAGUAAUGGAUCCGGUGCCAAUAAUAGUUCUAAUGUUAAUAAUGGAUCUAGCGCUAAUGACGUAUCUAGCAUUAAUAGCGAAUCUAGUACUAAUAGAGGAGGUAAUAAAAGCACAUUUGGUGUUAAUACUGGAUUUAAUGUUAAUAGAGGACUUAAUGCUAACGUGAAUGAUGCACCGUUAACUCGAGGUUCUUUAACUCAAAAUGAGCAAGAAUCGUUAAAAAUAUCAACCUCGAAUAUCGUUACUGACAUAAAGUCUGUAUCAUCUGGAGCGUCAACACCAACAGCAUCUACACCAGUGGCAACAUCACCAACAAAAUUGGCUAAGCGGAGAAGUAAACCUAUUCCAAGACCGUUAUCGAUCACAACCCCGGUAUCUCCUAGAUCAGUAUCUCCAAUGUCAGUCCCUCCAACCAUUCCCGAAACAAUGGCAGUGACAUCAACUGAUAUUAAGUUUACAUCUCCGUCUUCACCUGUCCGAUCUACUAAAAUAACAACCUAUAAUGACGAAUCAAAAAUUUCAUCUUCCGCAUCGUCGCUCAAGUUGUCCGUUCGUGAAUCAGCAUCAAGCAAAGAAGCCGUUUCACCAAUGUCAUUGCUUUUUGUUGAUGGUUUGCCACAAAUACAACCAACUUCACCUUUACACAUAACAAUGCCUGAACCAUUGUUUACAAAACAUGACAAUUACUCGUCCUCUACGAUCUCGCAAACCACAUAUUCCACUUCAACUCAAUCGAAACGAGAAUCUAUAAUAUCAUCUGGAAGAGAAUCAACAACUUUUAAACAAACGAAUCAGCAAGAAUUAACCCGAUAUCCUGAGACUUCAUCGCAAUCUUCCAGUUCACUUGCUCAUAUUUAUCAAUCACAACCAACAUUAUCGGAUGUUUCUGACUUGUCAUUUACAUUUGAAUCAACGAUUUAUCAAUCGUUAAAGUCAAACAGUACCCAACGUCGUGAUUCUGUUCAAAGGGUUUUAACACCAAUACCACAAACCCGAUCUAAAAGCCCUGAAACCAUUUCGAUUAAAAGUUCUGAAACGGUCACAACCAAGGGACAAAGCUAUUUACCAGAAAUCAAGAAAACUUCACCAAUGUGGGGUCCUUUACCUGAUAAUGCUUCUCCACCAUCACCGAUUCACUCUAUCACCAUUAGUGACUCAUUGUAUUCGGUCCCAAAAUCAUCGAUUACGGAAACUCGAUCGAUAACUUCGGCAUAUUCGACCAGAAGCAUAUUACCUGAAGUAGUAUCAGAAGUCAAACAAACAUCCCCAACAUGGCGCUCAAACCACGAUUCCUAUAACUCAUUUAAUAGCUACACGUCAUCUCAUCCUGAACAACUCAACGUGGAAAUUUGGCAAACUAUGGUAAAAACAACUGAAUAUGAAGAUGAACAAACCACACCGACUCAAAAAAAUCCUUCGGUAUCAUCAAAAGCUUUUGGAUAUUUGUCUUCUAGGGAUAAAGAUGAUGACUUGUUACCAAAAGCUGCACCCAUAUCACCUAUAACAUUUGAUUUACCAGAACUUGGAUUAUUAGAUCCAUUACCAAAAGUUCAACAAUCAUCGACGCAUAAAGAAUUUUCAUCAACAGCACCAUUGAAACGUGAAUUACCCAAUCUAAUGUCAAAUACGUAUACCUCAGCAAAUUUAACAACAAACAUUUCUUCGUCAGGUGAUAAAAGCAGUUGGGGUUUUUGGAACGAUUCACCUCCAGAGUCACCUGAUAAAUUUAAGUUAGACUUGGAUCGAUUUAAUGCAUAUUUAAAUAAAAAAGACCUUGAUGAUGACCAUGGUGCUACAGGAAUGAAAAAAGGAAAAGGAAGAAAGUAUAGUACAUUCUUGGAUAAGACAAACAAUGACCAACUAGAUAAAGUUAAAAUUGGAACAAAAGUUGAUAAACAUAAAUCUUUACCAUUAACACAAGAAGAUUCCAUUUAUAAGAAUGGAGAGCAUGAAACUCGUAUGGAAAGUGAUAAGAUGGAUCAAAGUGAUGAUUAUAUAAAUUCUGAAGAUAAUGAUCCACCAGUAUUUCAAAGAAAACAAGCACGUUCAUCUAGAAAACCGAUGCCAAAUUUUUAUCCUUCAAAAUCAAAAAAAUCCAAAUUAACAGAUGAACAACCACAUGCAAUGACCAUAAAACUUCGAAAAUCCGGAAAUUUUCAAACAUAUCCAUUAUCAGAUGGUUCAAGAAUUGGUACUAAACGACAAAAAUGCAAACCUAUACAAAUUUUAAAAUUUCCUUAUAGUACCAUUAGACCACAACGAAAUACUUUGUCAUCAGCUAGUACACUUAAAAAAAAUCCAUUUCUUAAAUCCAUUAAAAGGAAUUUUGGUGAUCGUAAUUUACCAGAGUACACAUUAUCUAAAAGUAAAAUGUCUUUAAUGGUACCACAUAACUUGGCGGCUGUAGAAUUUGGAAAACUUAAUCAUUCAGUACCAGAUCUUACUGUACGUGUAAGGCAUCAAAAAUUUAAUGAAGUAUUUCUAAAAAAUAAUAUGACAGUACCAGAUUUUACACGAUUUGAUGUGGUAAUGAAAGAUAUAGAAGAAAAAAAGAAAGCAGAUGUCCGUAUAGCUAUAAUGCAAGAAGUAGAUUUAGAUCCUUCAAAAAUAACAAAAUUUAGUAUUAAACCAUUUGAUGAAUCUGAAUCCAAUGAAUUAUUUAAAUCUGGAUCACCAUGGAUACAUUUGCCACAUUUGGAUGAAUUUAUAAAAAGUUUACCACAAACGGAAUUUUCAAACCCAAAAGAUAUAAUGACACAAGAAGAAUAUGAAAAGUUUAUGGCGACGGGUAAAUUUGGAAAGUAUGCAGAUUCUAUGUUCCCACCGAUGAAUCAAAUUCCAGAUGAUGCUUCUUUAGAUGAUCUUAAAUCUAAUAUGACUAGUAAAGAAAAAUCGCCAAAUGAUUUAAUGUCUACAGCUAUUGAUGGAAUUCUUACUGCAGAAUCUAUGGUAUAUGGAAAUACUUUGAUAAAAUUAGAAAUAUUACGAGAUUUUAUACAAUUUUUGGCACUUGCAUUGACUUUUGGAAACGUAGAAAGCGCAGGCGGGGAUUGGUUGAAAACUUUAUUACAUACUAUACCAAAUUUUUUAAGUUUGAAUUUGGCUAAUGUUUUUGGAUAUGGAUCGGCAUUUUUAUUUGUGUUUUUUGUCAUUGUAUUUGGAGCUUUGUAUUGGUUUAGAUCUAUGACCAAAUGGGAUCCCAACGCUGACGCUGAGGGACUUGAAUCAUCACCAUGGAAUUUACGUCCUCAAACAAAACGUCGCCACAAUAUGGUCGUAGUAUUUAUCUUAACAACACUCUAUCUUCCUUUAUCAAAACUUUCAAUAGAUGCUUUAGUAUGGUCUAAUACAUUCUGGCCAGACAAAAACCUUCAUGCCGAGAGUUGUUAUAUGACCAGCAUUGGAGGAGGUAGUUUGAACUUUGCACCAGCAAUUAUAGUGGUUGCUUUAAUAACUUUAGGAGUGUUUACAAUUUGGUUUCCUAUUGCUUUGAAGAAAUUGGUGGAUAGAAAUUAUCCUAGGAUAGAUAAAUAUAAUGAGGCAGGAGAAAAGAUUACAGAUGAAAAUAAAGAGUAUUCAAAAAGUUAUGUGAUUGCAGCAAUUUUGGGAAUAUUUGUAAUAUUAAGAGUUGGACAAUUUCAUAUAGUUUCUAUUAUACUUGUGAUAAUUAAUUUAUUAAUUGGACUGAUGGUGGUGUGGAAUUUGUUUAAACAGACAGAUCAAUACAAGAAGUUUAUCAAAAAUACGAAAAAACGAUUAGAUUUUAGUCUUAACAUAUAUUCACCAAAAUUAGAUUUUACUAAACAUAUUAAACGUCGAGUAUGGCAAGAAACAUGGAGUGCAUUGAUAUUGACAUCAGAUCAACUUAAAAUUCCAUCAGGACAAGUUAUAGCUUAUUCACAGUCACCUCAUCGACCUCCAUACUUGUUAAAUUUUUCAAGAAGUGUUGCCGAACGACAUGUAGAGAACCUAAAAAUUAUGAAGCAUAUAGGGUUAAAACAUUAUACAACAUCUUUGGCACCUUUACCUAUUUCAUUGGAAAAAUUAAGAUUAAAAAUAGUAAAUAAUUUUGUUGGACCAGAUAUGUAUUAUUCACCAGAAUUUUUGAACAGCAAGAUAAAAACGUAUUUUGGUAAAGCAUAUGUAGUACCGUUUCCGUUUAGUUUGGUGAUGUGUUAUGACGAUGAUGAUAGUAUAGUUGUUUUAACACAAGAAUGGGAAAUCCGACGAUAUGUAGAACAGAAUGAGAAUAAAGAAAUACAAAGGAGAAGAUUGGUUAGACAAAUGAUUAGGUCUUUGGAAGGAAAGGGAUUCUUUGGAAAUUCAGGAUCAGAAAUUCAUUAUCAUCGUGGACUCCUUCAAAUCCGACGUAAUCAGCGUUCAAAAUGGCGAGGACAAAACAUGAAUUCAGGAUUUGAGGUUACCAUUACAUAUUCAGGCAAAAUUAAGUCUAAUAGUUCAACUCGAUCCGGUACUUCAUCGCUUAGUGAAGAAUCACCAUGUCACGAAGUAACCAUUGGACAUAAUAUUAUCGGAAUUACACCAGAUUUCCAAAUGACAUCACGACUUGAACGAUUAUUCACGGAUAAUUAUGAAACAUUGUCUAAAGGGCUCGAUCUAGUUCAAGCGAUGAUGCAACAAUAUAGGGACUAUUAUAAAGAUGAAGCGAUUAAAAAGAUGGAAACAUUAUCAUAUGGAUUCUUUAUAAAUGUAUAUGAUAAUCCAUCAAUACCAUUAGAAUCAUUACCAGCAUUAUUGAUGGCAACCGAAACAAACGAAAAAGUUCGAGCUAUUCCAGAAACCGAAUAUCCAUCGCUGAUUUAUUUAUAUGAAAGAAUGAGAAUAAUAAAUUUAUCAAGAGUUCAUCAAUGGUGGUACCUGUUUUGGGAAGAUCUUUGGAGAAAAAAUCAACAAGAAAUUGAAGAUUUGAGAAAAUAUCCACAAGAUUUUUCCCCAAUUUAUAGAACUAGUUUAUGUUAUAGACCAAUGAUAAGGUUAGAGUUGGAAGAAUUUUUACAGAAACGUGGUCUUUGGAAAAAUGAAGGACGUGAUGGGUUUUUGCAUUCAGGAAUUUUAAAUAGGAUUUACUUGUAUUUGAAUAAUGUGGUAUUUGGAAGAAAUUCAAAAUCAAAACGAAAGAAUAGCAAAGGUGGAGUGGUGGAAGAAAUGCCGAGAACAUGGAGUAUAAUAAAAGGAAAUAGUAUUGAUAGUAAUGAGUAUACCUUACGUGAAAAAGAUGUGAAAACUAUAAAAGAUCGAAUGAUGAUAAUGAAAGAUUUGAUGUUGAGACGGGAAACAAAACUUUCUAAAACUAGACCGUUCUUUGUAUUAAGAGAUGAAUAUGUAGAUAUUGACGAUGAAUAUGAUAGUGAAGAAAUUAAUAGUUCUAGUGAUG